AUGAUCGAAAUACUUGUAUCGGAGGCAAUCGCUGCAUUGACGGUGCUUUACACUCUGUAUCGAUACCUUUUACCGAAGCCCAUUACGGGAAUCCCUUACAACAAAGAAGCCACACGGUCGCUAUUGGGCGACGUUUCCACCAUCCAGAAAGAUUCACCUGGAAAUAUCUUCGGCUGGAUCAUCAAUCAGUCUCGUCGUCAUGGGCUGAUCUUCCAACUCUGGCUAGGCCCAAGCCAGAAGCCAACCGUCAUCAUCACAGACUUUCGCGGCGAGGCGCGAUCCUUUCAUAUUACGGUGACGACAGGUUCACAAUGGAAGGCCCGGCGUCGUUUACUCCAGGAUCUGAUAGCACUCAAAUUCCUCAACAAUGUCGCAGCCCCAAAUAUUUAUAGAAGCGCAACCCUGCUACUCGAUCUCUGGAAGAAGAAAGCAGAGCUUGCCGACGGAAAGCCUUUUCUAGUAGAGCACGACCUCUUCUUCGCCGCCCUCGAUGCACUGCGACAAGCCGCAACGGAUGAUAAAGCUGUCGACUUUCCUAUUGCCGCCGUCCACCCUGCGCUGGAGGCUGUGUUGCAUACUAUAGAUAAUGUGGAGGUGGUGAUUGCAACUGGGUUCCCGAAGCUUGCAUGGUUUAUCAUUGGACUCCUUCCACAUAUCCGCCGUAGACGGGCAGUACGAAACGAGUUGGUUAUAAACCAGGUUUUGCACGCAAUAGAUCGAUUCAACACCCUUGGCAAGCAACACGACGAAGAUACGCAUGUCAAAUCAGCAGUAGAUUUCAUGGUUUCAAGGCAAGUUGGCCUUGCACAGAAAGACAGCACUCUUGCUUCAAAUUGGCUAGAGGCUAUGAGAGAUGAGUUCAUAUCAGACAACCUAGAUGUUCGAGAAAAACUUCUCAAAAGCCUUCGCAUUGCCCAUACAGCUGCUGUCACCGAGCAUCGCCUCCCCACUCGCAGCGAGAUAUGUGACACAAGCAUCCCCUAUCUGGACGCUGUUAUCGAGGAGUCGCUGCGUCUCAGCCACACCGGAAUCUUUCAGGAUCGGGAAAGCACAGAGGAUAUUCUUAUCCUAGGCUACUAUAUUCCGAAAGGUACUCAUAUCAUGAUGACAAACAAAGGUCCUAGCUUCACGGAGCCAGCACUGGAUAUUGAAGAAGGUAUCCGCAGCCCGACAUGUCAAGCGGCAGCCCAAGAACAUGGAUUCCGAGCCUGGGAUGGGGAGGGAAUGGACAAGUACAAUCCUGAGCGUUGGCUUGUGCUGGAUGAUAAUGGCAGAAUGAAGUUUAAUUCGACAGCAGGACCAGCUCUCCCAUUUGGCCUCGGCCUUCGAGGAUGUUUUGGAAGAAAGCUGGCGUAUCUGGAGCUCAAAAUGUUGACCACUCUUUUGGUUUGGACUUUUGAGCUUCAAACGUCACCGGAGGCUUUGUCAAGCUACGAGAGCUUAGAAGGUCUUACGCGCAAACCUUCACAGUGUUAUGCACGUGUAAAAGUCCGUUCAUGA